GCGUAACAAAGAAGUGGCAGCGACGCGUAUUUAAUAAAAAGGACGCAUUGCAAAUAAUCAAAUAUUGAAAGCGUGGCUGUAAAGUGUAAAAACAGUAACGGGACUUAGGAAUUAAUUUAAAUAGAAGUGCAGUUAACCAAAGGCCGAUUAUAGUGUGCGCUUUCUUAUUUUUGCAACGAAAAAAUCGAACAAUGGAUCCCUUCACGCAGCGCAUGCUCGAGAAAGCGGAACAGCGCAGUCGCGCCCUAGGGAUUACAAAUGCCAGUAAGUUCCCUUUGGCGGAAUGCAUUCCGUUGCAUUCCACGGAGUAUACCACGAAUGUCGAUGCCUCCUCCAGCAGCAGUAGUGCUUCAAAAGUUAUAUCCAAUGCAGUCACAGGCUCCGGCAGUGCUAACUCCAAUUCCAAAGUUGUAAUUUUGGAUAAGGCCAAUCUGGAGGCGUCGCCAACCAAACCGCUCCGUCACUAUGCGGCCGUCAACAAGGAGAACAUGGAAAUGGGCAUUGAGAUCAACAUAACGACAGACAAACCAAUUGGGGUGCAAGUUGAAAUUCAAGAACAGGACGUAACUGACGACGAGGAGCAAUGCCAAGGUGGUGCCGAGGUUCAUGAGCCGGUCGUUAAUCAGCCCCUGGCAAGGCUUCGCGACACCUCACGAAAUAGACUGCAACGUAUGGGCGCCUUGUACUCCAACACCAAUGACUUGUCCUCGCCCAUACAUCGCACCGAGGGUCAAUUCCAUGCGGAUGAUGAUGAUGUUGAUGCUUACGGCCACACGCACAGUCCGAGAAAAGCAAAGCAACGUUUCGGAAAACUGGCGGCGCUGGCAAACACGAUUAACCAGUGGGAGGAUGAUACUGCACAUCAUGAUGCGCACAGACCGCUUAGUACAGUUCCACCCCAGAAACCUGAUUUGCCAAGUCGCCAUGCCAUUGGUUCGGUAGAAAAGAAAACAAAGUCACAGGCCCCCCAACCGCCACGCUGUGUGCCAGCCAACAACGAUGCAGUAGACGACGCGAUGAAGGUGAACAAAACAAAGCAAUUGAAAUGGGAUCCCAAGGUAUUGAGCUCAUUGGAGGCACAAGGCUUUCAACGGCGUGAAUCAUCCACAAUUAAACAUACCUAUGAUUACACCGAACAGGACGACGCUCCAUCUGAAGCUCAGGCAGCCACACCGGCGGUGCCUACUAAAUCCACAGCGGUUAGCAAAGUGGCCAAGACAUUUGACACGGCAACAAUGGGUCCUGCGAAACCAGACAAACCAGUGAAUCCAGCGCCAACAACAACUGUAAAAUCCGGCCUGGUUUCUGGUCGUGCUGCGAUUUUUGAAAACAAGGCGUAUAAUGCAUGUCAGACACAAAACGUCCAACGCAAUCAAAAGGAUCCAUGUGAGCUUUCGCUGAAGGAGCGCAUGAAACUCUUUGAAACUGGUAACAACAAAGCAAUGCUGCCAAAAGCGCCCAUAUCAUCAGCCCCCACGAUUAGCCAAAUAAGGCAGGAUCAGCCAAAAGUCCAUGCAGUACAUCCAGUCACCGCUGCUGCCUCUUCAAACUUGGUCAAACCCAAGCCAGAGAAUAAACUGCGCGAUAAGGUGGCUGCCUUGGUAGCUAAUGCUCAAUCAUCGGCCGAAAACCGCAUCAAGGAUAUCGAUCGCCAGCGCCAAGAGGACAUGCAAAUUAUAGCAAAUCGUUUCAACAAGCAAAAGGAACUAUUAAACCAGGAAGCAACUUUCAAUCCUCCACAACAACAACAGCCUCAACUAUCAGCUCCGAUGCAAGGCAAAGUGGUACGGCCGAUGCCACCACCACCACCGCCACCCGUUAUGACAGCAUCUGUGCUGGCCAGCAGCAAACGACGCUCACCUGGUGAUGCCAUGGAUGAGGAAUCAAAGCGUGCUCGCACUUCAAACUCAUCUAACAAGGCGGCUGAAACCGCAAAUCGUCUUUAUCCAGCACUAUCUGACCUCGAUUCCAGUGGCGACAAUUGCUGUGCCACUGUCACCGCUUCCUUAACUGACGGCACAGAUCAGGAGGACGAACUAGAAAGUUACAUGGAGGAGUCUGAAGUUGACAGCGUCGCAAAGCACAGUGCGGGUGACGAGGAUGACGAACAGUCCCAGACUGAGGACAGCAGCGCGGGCAUGUGCAACGUCAGCCUCGGCCGCGAAAUAAUGCAUGUGGUGCAGCAGAACGAGGCGCAGCAGCAGAGCAAAAAGACUGUAAGGUAUGCCGAACAGGACUUUUAUUACGGCCAUGAUGGGCACGAUAGCUCAAUGAAUUCAUCGUCCGUGGCCUCUACGGGUAUGGAUGACUAUUUAGAUGAGGCCCUGGGAGACGAUGAUGAUGGCACACAAGAUGAAAGCGAGGACGAACACAAUGCGAGUCAUAUAUCGCGGGGCAGUAAAGGCACGACAGCAUCAAACAGUUUUUCAUUUCGCAAAACACCAGCAGCUGUGUGCCAAACUAUUGCCGAGCACGAAGCUAUGGACGUGCAGACGCCACUGCUGAAUGGAGCACAACCAGUGAAAUCUGAGCUAAGCGUGAAUCAGGACAAUGACAAUCUUGUCACAUUGGUUCACACUGUAAGCUUUUAUCGUCGACAGCAAAGUGCCAGCAGUAAUAACUCAACGCCUGUGCGAAAGAUCUGCCGAGAGCAACAAGUAUUGCGGUCGGCCUUGGACGCCGGAGGAGCCAAGCAUAAGCUGGAUUAUGGCUCGCCACAGCAAAGCGAGAGCGUAAAUACGGACAACUGCAUCGAAGAGGAAGAUGAUGGGGACGAACACGAUUCACACAAUUUAAAUGAUGCUGCCAUGGCGCAGGACAAAAUUAAGAAGCUCCUCAGCGAAGUUUGCAAGCAACAGCAGGUUAUUGGGCAGGCUAGCCAGGCUUUGAAUCUUUGUGCCGCCACAGUAGAGUUUUCCGGCUCCACAGAGUCGGUUGAGGGUGAACGCUACUUGUUGCUAGCCACGCAUCGCCGCCAGGCCUGUUUGGAUGAAGUACAACGUUUACGCGUGGAAAACAGCUUACGGCCUGUUGGCGCGCCUAAGGAAAAGGGUCAGUUGAUAGUCAAGGAAAUUACAAUACCACUACGUCAGGAGUAUGUGCGCAAAAUGGCAACGGGCACCAUUACUGGCCAUCAUCUGGUUUGUCUACUUAAGUACAACGAGCAUGUACUGGCCACCAAAACAGUACCGACCAUGCCCGGCCUGUUGUCCGUUAAGUUUCCGGAUGUGCUGCAACUGAAUAAUGUGUACGCCGAUUUUAGGAUAACACUUGAGAUUUAUGGCAUGUUGGCGCAGCGCGAUCAACUGCCCCACGAGUUGAAGUACCACAUUAAUCAGAACAAGAAAGGUGGCAUAAAAACACCGAAGAAGAAGGGCGGCGAAAAUCGUCUGGUUAUGCCUCCAGUGCAGAGUCCUGCCGGUCCUCAUGUGGUUCGCACACCCCAAUUGGUGCAAUACGGCUUCGCCAUAUUCUCGCUGCGUGAAAUUCAACGCACAACUUGGACACUGACACAGGUACUGGGCGUCAGUCCUUUAGAGGGAGUCGUGCAUAUGAAGGUCAACUGUGAACUGUCCGUGUGUGUGGAAUACAAAGGUUUUCUCACCAUGUUCGAGGACAUUUCCGGUUUUGGUGCCUGGCAUCGUCGGUGGUGCUAUCUCAAUGGGUCUGUUCUCAACUUUUGGAAGUAUCCGGAUGAUGAGAAAAAGAAAACACCCAUGGGUUCUAUUGAUUUAAAUGCAUGCACCUCGCAGAAGGUGAGCACAGCACCGCGAGAUAUUUGUGCGCGCCUAAACACAAUGCUGCUGGAAUGCGAGCGCCCAGCCAUAGAUACCGAUCAGGAAUCGCUUAUAAUAGUCCCGAACGGACGCAUGACCACUGUGCGGCAUUUACUGUCGGCCGACACAAAAGAGGAGCGCGAGGAAUGGUGUGCUUACUUUAAUAAAGCGCUGACCUUAAUUCGCGCUUGGGGUCCGACGCAUUAAAAACAUGUCUCCCCGACUACCUGACAUUUGCAAUUGUUUUGAAUAAGUACAAGUAGAGUGGGAUUUUUGCGGUUGACAUUUCCAUUAUUGUUUUUAAGUUAUUUCGCCUUUUGGUUUUUUUUUUAAAUUACUUGCGUUCUAAUUUUGUAUGUGCGUGCAAACAAGUAGCAUACUUUUUGUAAAUUUAAUGUAUUAUUGUAGUAAUUGUCCCUUAAAGAAAUGUCUGCAAGUAUCAGUCGAGUUCGUUGACUAUUUCAAUUAAGCAAAAGUCUAUAUUGUAUAAAUGAAAAAGGCAGAAUAAAUUUAAACACCAUAUUUCAUAGUCCUUUUGUUUUGAAAAUAGCUAUUACAGGUCUAAAUUUCUCUUUUGUUACACAUUUAUAGGUUUAUUUAAUAUAUUUAUAGUACACAUAUAUAUUAUUGUUUAAAUACAUUUAUGAUACACAUAUAUUUUAUGUUUGUUAUCCAUUUGCUGCUGACUAUUUAUGCGUGUUUAGCUAAUUUAAUGUGUGUGUUGUACAGAGUGGCUCAAAGCAACGUUUUACUUCUCGAGCUAAUUGGACAAUUCAUCCUCUUCAUUGAACUGCAAAGUUUUAAACCA